AGUGUGGCCCGGAGUCUGUUUAAAGAGAACCUUCUCUCUGUCCGUCUCUGUCUCUCUCCAUUUAUUUACUGUUCACUCCCUCUAUCGGUUUCUCUCUCUAUUUAUUUCUCCUCUUUCUUUCUAAACCAAUUUCGCCACUUCUUUCAGUCGGUUCUUGUAAACGCACCAUGGCUAAGGUUGUUGCAUCGGUAGCUUCGAAAUUACUUGUUCGCCACACAUCAUCUUCUCUACACAAUUUAGUUGCACCGGCAACAUUAACUGUGCAGCAGAAACGCAACUAUGCAAAGAAAAGAAUUGAAGUGGCUAACCCCGUGGUGGAGUUGGAUGGUGAUGAAAUGACCAGAAUCAUUUGGGAAAAGAUAAAGGAGAGGCUAAUCUUCCCAUAUGUGAAGGUGGAUUGCAAAUACUUCGAUUUGGGUCUUCCACACCGAGAUGCCACCGAUGAUCAGGUCACUAUUGAUUCUGCCCACGCCAUCAUGAAGUACAAUGUUGGGAUUAAAUGUGCUACUAUCACUCCAGACGAGGCCCGAGUGGAAGAAUUCAACCUCAAGAAAAUGUGGCUGAGUCCAAAUGGUACCAUAAGAAAUAUCUUAGGCGGCACCGUUUUCCGUGAGCCAAUUAUUUGCAAGACUAUCCCUCGUCUCGUACCUGGAUGGACCCAAGCUAUUACAAUUGGCAGACAUGCCCAUGGUGAUCAGUAUAAAGCUACCGAUUUGGUGAUACCUGGCCCUGGUAAAUUGGAAAUGGUUUUCACCCCAGAGAAUGGUCAAGAGCAAAGAAUGACAAUCUUCAACUUCAAAGCUGGUGGAGUUGGUAUGGGAAUGUACAACACAGAUCAGUCGAUCCGUGACUUUGCCCAUGCUUCAUUCCAAUAUGCCCUGAUGAAGAAAUGGCCACUUUACAUGAGUACCAAAAACACAAUUCUCAAGCGCUAUGAUGGUCGUUUCAAGGAUAUCUUUGAAGAAAUCUACCAAGCUGAAUAUGCCAAGAAAUUUGAUGACCUUGGAAUUUGGUACGAGCACCGUCUCAUUGAUGACAUGGUUGCCCAAGCACUUAAAUCAAGUGGUGGUUUUGUAUGGAGUUGCAAGAACUAUGAUGGGGAUGUACAAUCUGAUAUUGUUGCCCAAGGUUAUGGUUCCCUCGGUCUAAUGACAAGUGUAUUGGUAUGCCCUGAUGGUAAGACAAUUGAGGCAGAGGCUGCCCAUGGUACAGUAACCAGGCAUUUCCGAGAACAUCAAAAGGGUAACCCAACAAGUACCAACCCUAUUGCUAGCAUUUUUGCUUGGACUCGUGGAUUGGAGCACCGAGGCAAGUUAGAUAAUAAUCAAAAUCUGAUCAGGUUUGCUAAUGUCUUAGAAGCUGCCUGUGUUGAGACUGUUGAUGCCGGAAAAAUGACCAAAGAUUUGGCUGGCUGUAUUCAUGGCCUUAAGAAUGUCAAGCCUGAACAUUACCUAAUCACAAUGGACUUCCUGGAAGCCAUCGCAGAGACAGUCGACAAUCAUUUGUAAUGGAUGCCGAUGUUUAGACAUGUUCAUCCGAUCUUUUAGGCCAAACCCUUUUUUUAGUAUUACAAGGAGGAUAAACGUUUAGUGGUUAAGGAGUCGGAGGGUAGAUGGAAGCUAGUUCGUGAUCAUUCUUUCUCUUUCUUUAUCCUUUCUUCACUUAUUGUUAUCAGCGGGGUCAGGGAUGGGGAUGGACUGGCAGGAUCAGAACACCUGACAAAAUGCCUUGCAGUAUUUGUUCUGGCUCGUUACUGUUUGUGAGUUCAAAUACACUCACCUAUGGUCAACUUUGCUUUCCGUCUCACCUGGUUUGAUAAAGUACCAGUCAAGUACUGAGGUUGAUGGAAUUAGCUAUUUCUUUUCCCUCUUAACAUUUCAAUCCUUGUGCCUAUGUAAGAAAUUUAUUAAGGGCAUUGCCUUUCAUCCUUUCUGGGUCAAUGUUUAGCAUGUCUCUAAUUCCAUGCUUUGUUCUUCUAGCAGAAAGGAUUAUCAAGGCUGUAAGCUGGCAGAAUUGUCAGUGUAUCAGAUAAAAUGCUCAGUGGCAUUUUGUCCAGCUCUUCAGAUUCUGAAUUCAAAUUCUGAGAUCAGCUUUGCCUUUCUAUCCUCUUGAAAUCAAUAAAAUAAGUACCUGUUCUGCUAAGGUUGAUGUAAUUGACAAACCCCUUUACCUCAGAAUUUCUGGCCUUGUGCCCAAAUUAGAAUUAUUAUUAAGGGUACAAGUUGGCAGAAUCAUUAGCACGCCAGCAAAAUACUUAGUGCCAUUUCGUCUCUUUGUUCUGAGUUCAAAUUCUGCCAAGGUCAGCUUUAUCUUUCAUCCUUUCAAGGUUGAUAAAAUAAAUACCAGUAGACCACUGGGGUUGAUUCAACUUACCCCAUCCCUGAAAUUGCUGGCCUUGUGCCAAAGUUUGAAACUGAUAUUAGCAUUGUUAUUAGGGGGUAGUGAGUGACAGAAUCGGUGUGAAAUUAAAUACUUUGCAGCAUGUAGUUGAAUCUCUUACAUUUUAAAAUGAAAUCCUGCUGGUAUUAACUUUCCCUUUCAUCUCCUACCCCACCUCUACUGUCCUCAUUAUCUCUCUCUCUUUCACCAUUCCAUUCUUGCUCCUCUUCCUAUUUUCCUUUAUCCAUCUUUCAGGGUUCAUGAAAUGCUUUUGGGUCUUAAGGCAAACUUUCAGCAAGAUGUUGAAAUGUUUCUGUGGGAGUAUUGAGAUAGAGGGUAGUUUAUUGUAUUGUCCGUCUUGUAACAUCUGUAGAACAAAAAAAAAAAAUUCCAAGCCAUAUAUCGCUUAUGUUUCCUCCUCUCACCUCUCUCAUAUUCUCCCUUUUUCAAUUCUCUUGUUAAAACAUCAAAAAUUUCCUUGUAAAAAAUUUAAAACUAAAAUCCAUUGUCAGUGAAACUAUUUACUACUGAAUGGAUACUAAAUUAUUAAAUUUUGAAUGUAACCCUCUCAGACCUGGUCCCCUGUGGCUAACUUUACCCUCCACCUGGGCUCUGGAGCGAAAAAACAAAUAGUUGCAUAUACACCUCAAUUGCUGGCAAAAUAAUGGACAGAAUUGGCUGCAUGUGUUCAUUAUCAUUCUGCCAGCAAUCCAACAGAGAUGAAAUUUAAGCUAUUUAUGCUAUAGUGAGGAUACAGCAUAACAUGGUCGAUGUUAUAUGCUUUCUCUCUCGCUCUCUUUGUAUUUAUCUCAGUUUACUGGUUUUGUAACUCUUUGUUCAAAGUUCAAUUCCUGUGGUGGUCAUCUUGGCUUUUCCUCCUCCCAGAGCCAAUAAUAUGGUGUACCCAUCAAAUACUGGAGUUGAUUUCUUGGACUUUCUUCCCAAAAUUUCUGGCCUUGUGCCUAUUUUAGAAACCCUUUUGAUUUCUGUAAAACAAGCACCAGUCGAAAUUCCCAGAGGUUGAUUUAAUCAACUGUUUCUUUAUCUCAUCUCUCUCCCUCAAUUUUAUCUUUGUGCCUGUUAAAAAUUAUUGAAUUCCCUAGGGCUCAGAUGUAGUCAAGUUGUAGUAGAGACAUACGUCGAUUGGCUGUAUAUACCUAGUCAAAAGUAAUACAAUUUUCUUCUAAUACAAUGACGAACCUCUGUAUAAUAUUUAACUUGUUUUGAUCAUUUACUUGACUUCCGUUAGUUUGUAAUAUCUCUCCCUCCCUGUCAUCUUAUCAAUUAUAGACCCCUCCUUGUAUUACGAAAAGCGGGUUGUGUAUACAUAUAUAUUUAAACAACGCAGAAAGAAAUAACACACAACAAAAUGGUUAAUAAAAUAAUUAAACUUA